GCUUAUCUGCAUGCAUGUUAACCAUCCUCAUAGUUAUAUGAGAUACGUAAUAUACCAAUAAAAAAAACAGCAAGCAGCCUUCAGGAAGUGGUUGGGAGGAAAACGAAAGUAAGAUGAAUCGGCGCGAAGCAACGCUACCAUCAACUAUGGAAGGGGAGCUUAAGAGGAUCCGUUCUGAAUUUGCGGAGAGAGUUUCAAACCCAGUUAUCAAACGUCUCCUGGAUGACCUUUAUGAGCGGAAGGUGUUCAGUACUGAGGAAAAGGACACUGUGAUGGAGAACCACAAGACCAGAGCAGACCAAGCACGGUGUCUGAUCGACAUGGUGAUCCAGAAAGGGGAGAGAGCAAGUAAGAUAAUGAUCGAUCGUAUGAAGAAGAGGGACAAGCACUUAUCCUCAACCCUGGGUCUGAUCUCUUCUCCUGCUGGUGUGGGACAUGGGGAAAACAAGACGGUAGUAAAGCCAAUUAAACGAACGAGAGGAAAUAAGGGCCGGAAAAGAAAUAGAAGUGAAUCAGAAGAAGAAGUGACCAAUAAGAAACAUUGCACGGUGGAUGGGUCAGGCAGCAACACUGAAACCCGCUCCGCAGGGCAGAAUCUGACUGAAUUGGAGCUCCUGAAGGUGGCCGAAACGCUGGGACAGGAGUGGGAGCAGGCGGCCAUCCACCUGGGGCUGAAGACCAAAGAUCUGGACGACAUCAAGGCAGAACAUAGAUCUGUGACCAUGCAGAAGCAGAAGAUGUUGUUGCUGUGGAAGCGCCGAAGACCACCAGGAGAGGCCACAGCUCAGGACCUGCUGAGAGGUCUGAAAGACAUGGAGGACCUACCGGUCGAGACUCGUCUGUUAUUGCAGGCACGAUGAAGUAAUCAUCAAAAUAGUUACAUGGCAGAUUCCAUGGUGCAGUGGAUGUCUCCGUCGAAAGAAGAGCCCUGAAGAUUGACCAAAACUAGUAAUGGGCCAACUAACCUGAAACAGUUUCUAAACUGUUUAAAUUACAUUUAUUUAGCUGACAGGUUAGUCCAAAGCGACUGGAAUUUCAUUUCAGAAUGGAAGACAAACCCAAAAAGUGCAGGAAUAUGUGCAAGUGCAAGUACAUAAAAGGCAUUCAAUAAGGAAGGUGCUUUAAGUGCUACAUUAUAGAAACAAGUGAUAUAGAACUUUCUAUCUGAAUUAUUUUUCAUAUGCCAAGAUGCAGCCGGAAAAGAUGAGUUUUCAAUCUGCACUCUUCUUCCAAAUGUCUUGACCGUGUAAAGUAAUUAUUGAUAUCAUGUUUGGAAUAGUUCCUCCUUCCUGUGCAAGUACAUGUGUACUACGCUGUUCCCCUCAGGUACCUCCUAUAGCCAGGUAUAGAUAGGAAUUUUGGUAUGAUUGUGAUUAGGAAAUUGUUGAAACAAGUUGACAUUAUCCAAAAAAUGAUUCAGGAAUCUUUUUGAUAGUUUCCCCAAGAGGCAGCUGGUAGUGUGUCAUUUUAACAUGUUCAUGACUCAUGAUUAUUUAGGUGUCUACAAAAAACCUAUCCGUAACUUACUGAUAACCUUACCUCAGGGUGUUCACCGUAACAUUAUCCUGACCCAGGAAUGUUCAUACAGCUGUUUGGUGCAAAAUUAAAAUGAUUAGUUGAAAAGGC